AAUGUGUGUGCAACUGUGUUUUGUGUCCUGUCGGCUCUGUUGGAAGUCAUGGCAGGUCCUGAUCUGAUAAAAACUCUUCUGUACACCGUCAAUAAUCUACUGCAGCAGGAGAAGUACAAAGCGGCAUUGGCCGUGUUGAAAGGAUUCAGAAAUGGUGCCGUAUAUGGGGCCAAAAUCAGAGCUCCUCAUGCUCUUGUAAUGACAUUCCUAUUCAGAAGUGGCAGUUUGAGGGACAAGCUCAGAGCCAUUUUGAAGGCCACGUACACCCAUUCCCGCAACCUGGCCUACUUUGUGUUCACAUACAAAGGGCUGCAAGCCCUGCAGGAGAAGUGCCAGGGAAAGAGUUUGCAGUCUCACUCCUUUCUGGCCGCCUGUGUUGGCGGGUGGUUAGUGUUUGGAGAUAACAACAACAUCAACAGCCAGAUCAACAUGUAUUUGCUGUCAAGGAUCCUGUUCGCCCUGUCUCGGCUGGCUGUAGAGAAAGGAUUCAUCCCCCAGCCUAAACACGAUCCUUUCCCCCUCUUUGCAACGCUGGUGUGGGGCAUUGUGUUGUGGCUGUUUGAAUAUUACCCUCACACCCUCCAGCCCUCCCUGCAGUCCUCAAUGAACUACCUCUACCACGACAGCAAUGUGUGGCACGACAUAACGGACUUCCUUGUUUAUAAUAAACCAAGGACUGCUCCUUAGACAUAUUGUUUUUCAGUAUGGACCAGCCCUUUACAACACAUGAUUUGCAUUCUUAUUUUUUGUAAUUAUUAAUAUUCCAUAUAUGAUUGAAUAUUGCCUUUUUAAAUUAUUAGCUAAUGUUUUUUUUGUAGGAUUUUGUUUUAAUACAUAGACAUAAAUAGAUACCUUGUGUGUCAAAUCAUUAAAAUUCCUUUCUUAUUUAACAAAAUCUGCCUUAAAUCUAUAUCUACUCAACAUGGUUGUUUGUCUGCUGAUAUUUUUGGGUGAUUGUACAUUUGUCUGAUUUUAAUUUAUAUGGUUGUCUCACUUUAUUGAACUGCUUCAAAAUAAAAGACAAAAUGAUGUUCGAUGCACAA